AAUUUCGAUUUUCGACGAACAAAUACGUUUUGAGGUUAUGUUAUUUUAUUUGUAAAAUUUGAAAAGUAAUAACGGGUAUGUAUAAAUAAAUUAAUAAUGGAAGAUCCCUAUUAUAAAUUAAUGGAAGAAUAUUUACUCAAUAAUUUUAAACAAAAUAUUCUGGCGAUUUUAGAAGACGAAAAUGAACAGAAACAUUUUCCCCUGAAUAUUAGCUUUAUAGAGCUUUUCGAUGUCAGUACAUGGUUGGGGGAUGAACUCCUUAAAGAACCCGAACAGACUUUAGACACCUUAGAUAACAUGGUUCUAAAUGCGCAAGACAUCAUAUUACAACAAUUGGCGAAUAAUACUAAUUUAUCAUUUAAACAUAACAUUCACGCUCGAGUAUUUGGUCUUCCUGCCUGCCCCGAAUUGCAUCGCAAGAUUUUUCCAUACAGUGAAGAUCUGGGCUUAUUUUUACAAAUUAGAGGAACGGUGAUUAAGACAAAAGAUCCGAAGAUAUUAGAAUAUCAUAGGUUGUACAGGUGCACAAAGUGUAAAUAUGUCGAAACUGUAACGGCUAGUUACGAUCAGAAGUUUAUAAUUGUACCACCGAAGCGUUGCCCAAAUCCGGAGCAGUGCGGCGGGCGAAAUUUUGUCGGUGUCGGGGGGUUAGUUGCGGAAAAUUGUAAAGAUUAUCAAGAGAUAAAAAUACAGGAACUAUCUUCAAAUGUCAACAGCACAAUGCCGUCGACUAUGUGGGUUACUUUGGAAGAUGAUCUGGUGGAUACCUGUCAACCGGGGGAUGAUGUGACAAUUUGUGCAAUUGUGAAACGUAGAUUUGGACCUCUAAUUGUUGGAAAACGAAUUGAGGUGGAAUUGUGUUUGAAAGCGAACCACGUGCUUGUACACAAUGGCCACACCUUUCCCACACUAAUAACUGCAGAUGUCACGAAUCAGUUUCAAUCAUUUUGGAAGACGUACGAAAAUUCUCCUCUGGUCGGUAGGGAUUUAAUACUCCAAUCGUUCUGUCCUAAGCUCUUCGGUAUGUACUUGGUAAAGUUAUCUGUGGCGGUGGUUUUAGCCACAGGAGGUAGCUCUCAACAGGACGACGUCGGAUCUCGAAAGAGGUCCGAGGCUCACUUGCUUUUGGUCGGUGAUCCAGGUACGGGAAAAUCGCAUUUACUUCGUUACGCCUCUAGGAUCAUUUCUAGAUCCGUCUUGACGACAGGCGUGGGAACCACAUCGGCCGGUUUAACUGUGGCGGCUGUUAUUGAAGAUGGUCAGUGGCAGCUUGAAGCGGGUGCGUUGGUUUUGGCGGAUGGAGGAAUUUGUUGUAUUGACGAGUUUAAUUCCAUGAAACCCAACGAUCGGGCUAGCAUUCAUGAAGCUAUGGAACAGCAAACUAUUAGUGUAGCAAAAGCCGGUAUACUGUGUAAGCUGCGAACACGAUGUUCAAUUUUAUCGGCCACCAAUCCAAAAGGAGGACACCUCGACGAUUCCCAGUCGCUAAGCUUAAACUUAGCCAUUCCAAGCCCGUUGCUAAGUCGAUUUGAUAUCGUCUUAAUGUUAAAAGACACUUACAGAGAGGAAUGGGACCGUGCGAUAGCGAAGCACGUUUUAGACGAGAAGUUUACCGACUCGCCGGAUUCGGACACUUCAUUGUGGAGUAUGGAGAUGUUGCAGCAAUAUUUUGUGAUGAUCAAAACGAUUAAUCCCGUUUUAACGACAAUGUCCGACCAAAUUUUAGGUGCAUAUUAUCAGGCUCAAAGAAGACAAGAGACCCGUAAUAAAUCGAGAACUACAGUACGCCUUUUGGAAAGCUUAAUAAGGUUAUCCCAAGGGCAUGCGAGGUUGAUGUACCAUUCCGAGGUGCAAGUAAUGGACGCUGUAUUUGCUAUUGUGCUCAUCGAGUGCUCCAUGCAUGGAGAAUGUGCGGUGCUGUCUUUGGGACCUUUAAAUGUUCUCGAGUCCUACCCAGGCGACCCGAUGGGUCGCUAUGCUGAAAUUGUUAACGUGGUUCUUACACAGUUGGGACUAAAUCAGAUACUGCAACACGAAAUGAAUUUCAUAAAUACAAAUUAUAAGACGUCAAAUUUAAAUACACAGCGUGAUUCGUGCAAUGCCAGAGAUGACUCGCCGGAAACUUCCAGCACCUCCAAUUGCGAAGUAGAUAAUGUGCCAGAAAACACUGAUUCCGUUCCGAAAGGAUCAAAGCGGAAGACUAAGGAGCGCAAGUCUGACUCCAAUGGUUUAAAUUGUAUUCCUAGCGUUAUUGAUUCGUUCAAUUUUAACAUAGACGACUGUGAUAAAAAUUGGAGUGAAGACCCUCACUUUCCUGUCGAAAGCCAAAACACCAAGAUCAAAAAUAUUCAGAAAAAAUUCAAGUUUACAUCAAAGGCCCUACCUCGAUUACCAAAGAAUCCUAGCACAGAUGCAGCGAGUAGUGAAGCAGAAGAAAAAAUUCAAAUUUGCGCAACCACAAAUAAAGAAGUGAUGAAUGUUGAGCCAAUACCGAAAACUGUCCCAAACACUGAUCAAAACAGUGCAAAAGAAGUAGCCGUAACAAAAUCUGCCGUAGGAUUAUUGCAGGCUAGGUUUGGUUUCGAACCACGAAGUGCGCCUGCUGAAAAUAUACCAGAAACGUCCUCCAAAAGCAAUGCGGGCUUUUGCAGUAUGUUUGAAUCGGAUAAUACGGAAGAUUUCGAUUUUUUGAAUUUUGAUAUAUGAUUUAUUUAAAUACUGGUGCCUUACUUUAAAAUAAGUUCAAAAUACAUUAACAGUUCAUUCGUU